AUGGAGGAGCUGCGCGAGGACCGCAUUGUCCAGCUGUGCCCGAUCUGCUCCGACGUCGGGGUCGCGUUUGUCAAGACGUCUACCGGGUACGGGUUCGUGAAGCGGGCGGACGGCUUGUACGAGUGCAACGGGGCGACGGCGCCGCACCUGAAGCUCCUGCGGGAGCAUUCGGGGCCGGGAGUGCAGAUCAAGGCGGCGGACGGCGUGCGGACGCCGGAUGACCUGCUUCACGUCAUGUCGCUCGGCAUGACGCGCAUCGGUGCCACGGCCACAGUGACCAUCAUGGAGGAAGCUGUCAGGAGAGGCAUCACGGAGCAGCCGUCUAUUGUCACCUUCAAACCCAUGCAAGAGAAUAGUCAGUAA